AUGCCUGGCAUGCUGUCGGAGCCCAAUGACAACGCCACAAGCCCUGCUGUCGCGGGAGAAAGUCAGAGAUUGCGACGCAGAAGCACAGUUGGUGCACAUAUUUUUUCGAGAACGCCGCCUGCAGGAGUUACCGAUAUUCGACAUAGUCUUUUGCAUUCCGUGGCAGAGCUUGACAUGCCUCAAGCAGGUCAACCAUCAUUCCGGCAAUCCGUAUUGGAAAUGCUCACGGCACCAGUCUUGAACCAAGGCGACAGCUGGGCGGUCGAGAAUGAACACCGCACAGUACUAUCGCAAGUGCGUGUCAGCUUGCAACGGAAGGUUGUGGAAACAACCUGGUUCGAAGGUCUCGUUGUUUUCUGCAUCGGGUUGAAUACGGUCAUGAUUGGGGCGGCAAGUGAUUGGAACCUGAAACAUUUACACCAGGACGAGCCUACACAGUUCCAAGAUGCUGAGAGGCUAUUUGCUGGCAUUUUUGCACUCGAAUUGUUCGUUCGUAUGUUUGUAUACGGACCAGGCUUUUUUUGGAGGGUGGAUUGGCAAUGGAACUACUUCGAUGUGGCGAUUGUAAGUGUGCAGCUCUUUGAAGAGGCUUCCAUGAUUCUAGGGCAGGAUAACCAAGGGGAAAUCCAGCUCAGUACCUCUUCAAGUGCCAUCCGAAUCAUCCGGACGUUCCGGCUGUUGCGAAUCCUGCGGAUUGUGCGCCUGUUGCGAUUCAUACAGGAGCUUCGGUCCAUGUUGUUUUCGAUUUUUUCCACUUUGCGAGCGCUCGGAUGGACAAUGGUGCUUUUGGCUAUGAUCAUAUUUGCGGCAGCUGUCUUCUUCGCGCAGUUCAUCAUUGAUGCUGGAGCCAUCAACAAAGAGCUCAUGCUGCAACAUCCAGACUUGCAGCUCUAUUUUUCAGAUUUGUCUCGAACCAUGCUCACCUUGUACCAGUCGAUGACUGGAGGUCUCAGCUGGGACUUGGCGUUGAGACCCCUAGUUGACACAGCUGGAGCUUGGAUUGGGAUCCCGUAUGCUCUAUAUGUGGCGUUUGUCGUACUUGCUCUGAUGAACAUCGCGACGGGGAUGUUUGUUCAAGCCUCCCUGAAUGCCCAUGAACGGCAACGAGAGAAGGAGAUAAGGCGGCAACUACGGCUUCUGUUCCGAAAUGCCGACCUCAACCAGGAUGGUGACCUCACAAUGGAAGAGUUUGAUCGUUUCCUGGAUGACACAGACAAGUCAAAGUAUUUUCUAAGCGCCCUUGGCAUGGAAGCGCAAGAAGCACGAGGUCUGUUCCUCCUGCUGGACACGACAGAGUGUUCCAAGGUCAGCUUCGAUGAGCUCUUGGACGGUGUCCUGCGCUUGCGUGGUGCUGCCCAAGCCAUUGAUCUUGCCACAUUGAUGUAUUGCAACAAACGAAUGAUAUCCUGGUUGCGGGACAGACUCGGCGCAUUGCAAGAUUCAGUGGAUAUACUGCAUGGACUACAUGGGGCGCCCAGAGUGUCGCGACCUCGCAAGAUGAGCGUAUUUGCCAGCUGGAAGGAAGUAAUGACGCGAGUUGGUGACCAGCGUCACACUGUCGUGCUCGUCGGAGUUACCGGUGACGGCAAAAGUUCAACAGGGAAUGCAUUGUGUGGGCAAGCAGUAUUUCCAGUUUCCGGGGGGUUGCAUUCAGAGACUCAGGAGCUGGCUCAUGCUGAUUAUUUGUGUGGUGGAAGUUUUUGGCGGGUCAUCGACACAGUUGGUCUGAAUGAUACAGGCCUGUCGCAAGCAGAGGUCCUGGAUCGAUUUUCUACUUUUGCAGAGGCAGCAGCUGAAGGAAUCAGUGUCUUCCUCUUCGUGGUGCGAUGGGGUCGCUUCAAACCGGAGCAUGAUGAAGCCCUCGCUGCAUUUGCCGCAAAUUGCGGCGAGGUGGCCCUGCGUCACACUUUGCUAGUUUUCACCCAUUGCGACCUGAGUGAUGAAGCACUGGCCCGGCAGCUUUCUGAUACGUCCACCCCGGCCUCCCUCACGCGAUGGUUGCAGCGCAUCGGUGGUGGAGCGGUGGGCAUCAACAAUGUCGAAAGUGCAAGUGCCAGGACUUGCCUUCAAAAGGCAAUUGAGCGUACAGUCAUGAGCACAGGUGGCAUGCGUUACAGCAAUGAUGCGCUGACACAGGCGAGGGCCAAUUUGAGAGAGGCAGAGGAGGCUGAACGAAAAGCCUUCGCGGCCGCAGUUGCUGAAUGGAGACGCAGUACUGGACCUGCUGCUGGGUGGAACCUGUGCAUGCGGAUGACAUGGCAGAUGCGCCUUCUCAGAGCAGAACCAAGGUCAUCAUAG